AUGUUGCUUUCUAUUGCAUGUUUAAUUGUCUUGCCUACUGCUGUGUUUGGAUUUGAAUACCGACAACCAGAUAAAAUCAAGGCAUCUUCGCUAGGUCCUGAGAAUGGAUUUAGUGCUCAACAAUCGAGCGAAUCAAACUAUUGUUUAGCAUUUGAAGACCAGUUUAAUACAUUUGAUCUUAAAACGUGGCAACAUGAAAUCACACUUAGUGGUGGUGGCAAUUGGGAGUUUCAGCAUUAUACCAAUAAUAGAUCCAACAGUUUUGUUGAAGACGGUAUUUUGUAUUUGAAGCCUACUUUAACUUCUGGUACUAUUGGUGAAGAUGCUGUAAAGAAUGGAGGAAGAAUUAGUUUAUAUUCAGGCCAACCAGCAGCAGAUUGUACAGAUAACUCAAAUUAUGGAUGUGAUAGAUCUUCAGGGGCUGCUGCCAACGGCAAUUAUCUCAAUCCUAUUCAAUCCGCUAGAAUUAGAACAAUCAAUUCAGUUACACUUCGCUAUGGUAAAGUUGAAGUGAGAGCUCGUUUACCUAAAGGCGAUUGGUUAUGGCCUGCUAUUUGGAUGUUACCCAAAUAUGAUUCUUAUGGUGCAUGGCCAGCAAGUGGUGAGAUUGACAUUAUGGAAUCUCGAGGAAAUGAAGAUUAUCCUUUUGGAAAUACAUCGAUUGUGUCUUCAACACUUCACUGGGGACCUAAUUUCUAUUUGAACAAAUAUCUCUUGACAACAGAUCAGCUCAAGUCAUCCUUACCUCAUACUUGGGCUGAUGGUUUCCAUACCUAUGGUCUAGAAUGGUCAGAAGAAGGUAUUCGUACUUAUGUGGAUGGCAAUACGCUUCUUCAAGUUGACUUUGAUAAAACUGCUUGGGAGCGAGGCCAGUUUUCUUCGCCUACCAUGAAUCCAUGGAAAUCAGGUGAUAUUUCUGCGCCUUUUGAUCAAGAGUUUUAUUUGAUCUUAAAUUUAGCUGUGGGAGGUGUAAAUGGAUACUGGCCAGACGACGCAAGUAAGCCAUGGAAGAACGAUGAUUCACAUGCCGUCAACCAAUUCUACGAUGCCAAGAAUAACUGGCUACCAACAUGGGGCAAAGGCAACAGACGAGCAUUAGCUAUUGACUGGGUCAAGAUGUGGUCUAAAGACUGCUCAAACAAAAAGAAAUAAACAUUGU